AUGCAAAACUUUAACCGAUCUACCGAGAGCUGCCGCGACCGAGACCUUCUUGAUGUUAUUUUACAGCGGAAGGAGGAGAGUCACAGUGAAACGAGUUCGAGACUUGGAAUAUCGACGCUUCUACCCAAACGUAACGGAGAGGUCGGCAGACCCCACAGCUGCAAGACUUCGCACCAGAGUCUGGCGAGCGACGGGUCACGCGACACCGUGUGCGAGAAAGACAGUCCCGUUGGUAAAUUCCUCCAAUGUCUGGGGAUCCUGUCGUUGGCCUCCUUAAUCAUAAGUGUGAUCGCGUUGCAGAUACUGCUGUCUGUGAAUGCUGCUGAUGACUUGGAUGCUGCUAAUAAAAUCAUCAACUUGACUGUCGUGUACGACGAUGUCUUGAAGGCAGUUGUCACCAUGACGACGCUGGUCAUCGUGCUAAACCUGUGUUGUUUGAUGGUGUGUACUAUGCAGUGCUACUUCGCUGCCAAAAUUCUAACAGCGCCAGAAGGAGAGGGAAGAGCUCUGAGGUAUUUGAAGGAAUGUUCCAGCAGUCGCUUGAUCUCAGUCGUUGGUUUCUUCGUCUCCAUUCCAGUGCUAAUUAUAGUACUGAUUCUACAUAUGCUGUUACGCCACCAUCCCACACCAGCGUUGACAGCGUGCAUUAUUCUGGGUCUCGGUCUAGUGUUCUGUAUUCUCAGCGUCAUGCAAAACAUGUAUCACUGGAGAACAGAAAAAGGCAGGAUGAAUGACGGGGUGCCAGUUUAUAAUAUGGCACAGCCAAGAGAACCAGUCGUUCCGCGUAAUGAAUUGUCGACUCUUGUAUGA